UCCGGCAAAGCGAGCGCAAAAGGGGAGCCCGGCGACGGUGCUUCGCAAAAAGGGCUCCUUCUCGUCGCCGUCUGAGGAAGGCGAAAGCCGUUCCACUUUGCUCCGGCCGCCGUCUGGGACGCCUCGGCCUGGCUGUGGGCUGACGCUGGUUGGCGACGGCAGGAACACGCCGAAGCGGCAACCGAAACCUUCUUCCGACGAGGGCUAUUGGGACUGCAGUGUGUGCACUUUCCGGAACAGCGCCGAGGCCUUCAAGUGCAUGAUGUGCGAUGUGAGAAAGGGCACUUCCACCCGGAAACCUCGACCUGUCUCUCAGCUGGUUGCACAACAGGUUACCCAGCAAUUUGUGUCCCCUACACAAUCAAAAAAAGAAAAAAAAGACAAAGUAGAAAAAGAAAAAAGUGAAAAAGAAACUACUACCAAAAAGAACAGUCAUAAGAAAACCAGGCCCAGAUUGAAAAAUGUGGAUCGAAGUAGUGCUCAACAUUUGGAAGUUACUGUUGGUGAUCUGACAGUCAUUAUUACAGACUUUAAAGAAAAAACCAAGUCAUCACCUGCUUCAAGUGCAGCUUCUGCAGACCAGCACAGUCAGAGUGGUUCUAGUUCUGACAAUACAGAGAAAGGAAUGUCCAGGUCAUCUUCACCUAGAGGAGAAGCCUCAUCACUGAAUGGAGAAUCUCAUUAAAGUUUAUUUACUUCAGUUUAUUUAGUCUUUCGUCUCAAAAAAAAUUACAUAUAUACAACUUCUGCCAACAGUUACCACAUUUUCAUGACGUAUUAUCACCGUGCAUGAUUAUGUUUACUCAAAUAUGAUUUAUGCAGUUUUUUACAAGCAGUGCUGCAGUGCAAUUAAAUUGCACUGCAAUCUACAAAACAUUUUAGAUCAACUUUUUAAUCUUCAUAUACAAUGGUGAGUGAAAAUGUGGUUUGAAUGUUCCUGCUGCAGUGUUACAAGACCUUUUCCUCUUUUACUUUAGUGAAUUUUAACAGAAUUCUUGGAUUCUAUGCUAUUGGCAUGUACUGAAUGAAUUAAAAAAUAGUUCAAACUGCCUAAAUAUGUAUUAUUUGAGAAUUGUGAAUCAUAGUUAUAUAUGUAUGCAAGUCAAAGAUCAACUUAAUCAACUAUUGCUGCAAAAGAUUGUUCAUAAUGAUUAUCUUUAAAACACCUGCUGGUACUUGGUGUGGUUGAAUAGGAAAAUGUUAUUAAAUAUAACAUUUGUAUGAAUUUUUGCCAAUGUCCAACACAUUUUACUGGAUUAUUGUAACUGAAUAAUGUUGCUAGCUUCUCCAAUAUUUUCCUCACACAUUUAGAACAUUUAUUGUUAAUGUUUACAAGCAAAAAAGUAAAUACGUUACAAACAUUAAUUGUUUAGCUUUAUAAUUCAAAUAUAGUACUACCUUGUCCUUAUACACUGGUAUUCUCUGUUAUAGAACAUAAAUUUAUUCUGAAAUUAUUAGUCAUUUUCUGUUUUUUUUAAUUCUAUAUCUCAAAACUAUUGCUGAUAACUUUAAAAUCCCAAACAUGAUGCCAUCAUAAUUAUUAUUUUCUACUUACUUUCUCUGAAAUUUGCUCAAUGUUAUAGUGAUAUAUCUGUUCAUCAGGAGGCUGGGAUCCAAAGAGGCUUUUAAGUUUGUGUAUGAGUUUAGUAGUUUAUUUUGUUUUGUUUGUGUGUAUUUUUAGCCAUAGUUCUUUGCACCACACCAGAGAGCAUUCCCAAAGAUCUCCCAAGAUUGGAAAUGGGUAGUGCAGGGGACUGCAGUUGGAAGAGGUGAACUUUAAAAGCAAUGGUGCCUGUGUAUGUGUGUCCGUAUGGUGUGAAAAGAACCUGUGCAGCCUUUAGGAUUCAGGCUAAUUAUAUUAAAUGUUGCACCAGAGUAAAUAAGUAAGCAAAUGCUGUAUGUAUUACAUUUGUUUCUGUAUCAGCCUUUUGCAUUUUUUUGAAAUAACUUUUAUUAAAUAAUAUAGAGUAAAUCAUAGGUAAAAUACAGUUCUUUGUUUUUGAAAUAGUGGACAUUUAUGCAUUUAGCAAUAUAGAGAUACAGAACAAAAGGAUUUACAGUCCCAUUCAGUAUUAUGUAAAUUUUCCAAUAAAAUAUUUUUAUGAG